GAAAAGCAGAGAGCAGGAGGGUAGAUAGUAGUAUGUGAGAGGCUGGCAGACAGCAUGGUCUGGGUCUGAGGACAGACUCUGGGAGACGCAGCUGCAUCACCCUCAGGAACUCCAUGUAGACCAACAUCACCUGCACCUGCCCACCCAGAAGAACAGCCACCUUCUUUAGAAAAGCAGGUGGAGGACGGAGCAUUCCGGGCAGCUCACUCUACAUUAUUUGCUUUUAGUUUCUUUGUUUUGGGAGUAAGCUCCGGGCUGGACCGCAUGCAUGACACAACGCAAAGGCGAGAAACCCACCAUCAGCAUCCAAGAGCACAUGGCCAUUGACGUGUGCCCUGGUCCCAUCCAGCCCAUCAAGCAGAUCUCUGACUACUUCCCCCGUUACCCGCGGGGCCUCCCCCCUGCUGCGCCCCAGCAAGCGGGCAACGUCGGGCCCCUGCGCCCUGCCCUCUCCACCUCUACGGCUGCCGCCUCCUCGACCACCGCCACCGCUGAAAGUGAUCGCCCCAAUGAGGACAGCCCUGAGCGGGCGUGCGCCGGAGCCUCCGCCUCCUUGCAGGCCGUCAGGAGGGACGAGGAGCCGGACGUGGAGGGAUACGACUCGGACGACUCCACCACGCUGGGAACCUUGGAGUUUAGUUUGCAGUACGACCAGGAGAACAAUGCACUGCACUGCACCAUUAACAGAGCCAAGGGGCUCAAACCAAUGGACCACAAUGGGCUCUCAGAUCCUUAUGUCAAACUGCACCUACUGCCUGGAGCCAGCAAGGCCAAUAAACUCAGAACCAAGACUCUGCACAACACACUCAACCCCGUCUGGAGCGAGACGCUGACGUACUACGGCAUCACCGACGAGGAUAUGGUCCGCAAAACUCUCAGGAUCUCAGUGUGUGAUGAGGACAAGUUUCGCCACAAUGAGUUUAUUGGGGAAACGCGGAUUCCCCUCAAGAAGCUGAAGCCCAACCAAGUCAAAAACUUCAACAACUGCCUGGAAAAACAAUUACCAGUCAACAAAACAGAGGACAAGUCUCUGGAGGAACGGGGACGGAUAAUGAUUUCUCUCAAGUACAACACCCAGAAGUCCUGCCUGGUAGUAGGCAUCAUACGCUGCGCACACCUUGCUGCCAUGGAUGCAAACGGCUUCUCUGACCCCUACGUCAAAACGUACCUGAAGCCUGAUGAGAACAAAAAGUCAAAGCACAAGACCGCUGUGAAAAAGAAGACUCUCAAUCCCGAGUUCAACGAGGAGUUCUGUUACGACAUAAAAUAUGCAGACCUCACUAAAAAGACUUUGGAGAUCACCGUGUGGGACUACGACAUCGGAAAGUCAAAUGAUUUCAUUGGUGGAGUAUCUCUGGGCAUCAAUGCGAAUGGAGAGCGGCUAAAGCACUGGUUCGACUGCCUCAAAAACAAGGACAAAAAAAUAGAACGCUGGCACACACUGACCAAUGAGUUACCGGGCUCACUGAACGAGUGAAGAUCUGCAACCUGUCAUCAAACCCAAUGGCCUCCAGCCCCAACUGCCCGCACCCCAUCAGCUCUUCUCUUGAUUCUUCUCAAGUUGGACGACAAAACUCCUCUCUAUGGGAAUAUAUUUCCUGUCAACAGGGCUAAAUUAUAUAUUACAGGUCUUGCACAUCACGACUUGCACGACUGCUUAUGUAACCUCCUUUCCAGUUAUCAAGUCCACCCAGAGAAUGAUGGGCUGUUGACUUCUUACUGUUCAGCUGUCUUGCAUGAUCGGUGAAGAUAAAGAAAAGUAAAUAGUCUCUGUUUGAUGAGGCCUUUUACAGCAGCUGAAUAAACUUCACAGAACAUAAAGCAGGAGAGAAACAAAACCACCUUCCUAUGUGAAACACAGCAGAAAUGUAGGCGAAAAUGAUACUGAAAGAGUAGCAAAUGUUUCCUAAUGUGGAUCAUCUCAAACUAACAUUUGCUCAUCAGACUUUUUUCUAGUAUUUGGUUUUGUAAAGACAAACCUGUGUGGGAAUAUGUUGCCAUUUUAUAUUGGUUUAACAUUUUACACAACAGACUGAUUAGUAGCUUUAGUUGCUAAACAUUAUUGUCCCAAUCUGACAGAAAAUUAUCAUCCUUGAGAGCCUGCUUAAAUUUUGCAAUUAUUCUUCAAUCAAAUCCUUUUUUUUUAUAAACAAUAACAGUUCUCAACCUUUUAUUUGACCAAUAAAAAGCAGUUCAUUGCAUUUUGAAUAGACAGAGACCACAGGGAUGGAAACUCGUAGGCACAAAACUUGUUUACAAAAUAACUUAAUCUUCCCAUGAUGAGUUCAUGUACUGCCAAUCAGAUCCAGAUUUUCAGCUUG